CUAAAGCAAAGAUGGCGCGACCAACUUCUGAUUCACGGCCUAAGCCAUCCACAUAUUUAUUCCUUUACAACACCCUCUCAGCCCUUCUUCGAACAGCCCUCUUGCUGAGAACUGCAUAUCUGUGGUUAAACCAAGGCAAUGGUGCUGUGUGGGACGAACUUAACAUUAUAGCACGAUGGACUGAGACCUUUACUGUGAUGGAAGUUAUCCAUGCUGUUACUGGUCUUGUGCGAGCGGCUCCCGCUACAACUGCGCUCCAAGUGGCCGGUCGAAACACCAUUGUCUGGGCUAUUACACGAAACUAUCCGCAAGUUGGUUUCAGAGAUACUGCCUAUAGUCUUAUGCUCAUGGCUUGGAAUGCGGCCGAUGCGAUUCGAUACUUCUAUUUUACUCUUCAAACGGGAACGGGAUCUGUGCCAGCUGGUUUGACAUGGUUGAGAUACAACAUGUUCAUCAUCCUUUACCCCAUUGGUAUUUUCUCGGAGAUGAAACUUGUUUAUCAAGUCAUCCAGCCAUCUCAAGCUCGAAACCCAACGUAUCAGUACCUACUUUGGUUUGGAUUAGCAAUCUACGUUCCAGCAUUUUACAUCCUCUUUGGGCAUAUGCUGGCUCAGAGGGCCAAGUUGAACCGCACCAACCUCAAGAAACAGAUCUGA